ACAGUUAAACUAAUAUAUAUUUAUGUUAGAUUUUUGCAAAUGUACAUAUAAAUAUAUUUUCGAGAGUAGGUGUAUUCGCUUUCAACGAUAGUAAUCUUCUGGUAGCUCAGAAAACUACAUUUCCCACAACCAAGCUAAGUCUGGCGGCUGCUGUGCUUCUUGCCAUCACAACACAACGAACUAACGAACGUCUCUGCAGCUAGUGGAGUUGGCUAACUAUUAUACGGUGAAAGGAUGGGUGUUUCGGAUUUACUGUCUGAUUCAAAAACCGGACUUGUGUUGGAUCUUUCAGCCCAGAGUUUGCAGAAGCUGGAUCCCAAUUUCACAUGUUCGGAGGAUACUCAUACUCUUAUUCUUGACCGGAAUCAGAUCAUGAAGUUGGAUUAUAUGGAAAGAAAUCCAGGCCUCCAGCAGUUAUCUGUAGCCAGUAAUCGUUUGGUGAGAAUGAUGGGUGUGUCUCGGUUAACUGAACUCAGAGUCUUGAACCUUCCUAACAACAGUAUUGGUUAUAUUGAAGGACUAAGAGAUAUGCCUUAUUUGAAAUGGCUUAACCUAUCGGGUAACAACAUUAAGGUCAUUGAGCAACUUAACAACUGUGUUUCACUUCAACACCUGGACCUCUCUGAUAAUAACAUAUCAGUUAUUGGAGAUUUGACCAAACUCAUUGAAUUAAAGACGUUGUUACUCCAUGGAAACAGCAUUACAACGCUCCGUACAGUUCCUGCACACCUACCUGUUCAUUUAUCUAUUCUCUCCCUUGCGGAAAAUGAAAUUAGAGAUCUUAAUGAGGUGUCAUAUUUAGCACCCCUUCAAGACCUAGAGCAGCUGUCUAUCAUGAGCAACCCAUGUGUUAUGGCGACUCCUUCACUUCCAGGAUUUGACUAUAGGCCCUACAUCAUGAGUUGGUGCCUGAACCUAAAAGUUUUAGAUGGUUAUGUAGUGUCCCAGAAGGAAGGACUGAAAGCAGAGUGGCUGUACAGUCAAGGCAAAGGCAGGUCUUUUCGACCAGGGCAACACGUUCAGCUGGUUCAGUACUUGGCCACUGUGUGUCCUCUGACCUCCUCACCAGCUUUGGAGACAGCAGAAGAUGCAAAGCUGGAGAAGAUCCUGAGGAAGCAAAGGUUGCACCAAAAGCAGCUCUUAGAGGAAAGGCGUGUAGAUUGUCCCAGCCCUCCUCGCCCCGUACAAUUGGAUGUGGAGGCACAUAGCGCAUCCCUGUCACAAGAGGGAGCCAGAGAUUUGCAGAACGCAACAUCCACUGCAAAACCAUAUCAAGAGACCCAGCCAGUGUUGCAGAUUAAUACGUGGGUGAACUGUGAGGCAGCCCAUGUGUCCCUACCUGUGAAUCACAGCCCAAGACUUGAUGAGCCAAUCUAUUUGGAAGAUAUGCAAACAGAUGUGGACAAACUUAACAGUAAUAUGCUGUCAUCUGAGUCCACAUUUGUCCCAUUCAAAUCUGAACUUGAACUCCAUACUGGUCCCUCUGACAGUGAGGAUGAAACAGAAACAUUUGAACCUGACUCUCUGGCCCCAAAAAUCUCUGAGCCCAAAAGAAACAAUUCCAAGAGAGAGCAUCACUCUCCUUUGACUCCAAAGCAAGAGGCCUGUGCAAGUGUUACUCUUCUAAAUAUCAAUUCUAAUAGUGGUAGCUUGCCACAAAUUAUGGCAAAACCUUGCUAUGACAAAUGUGUAAGGAGUGAAGUCAGUGAACAGACAGAAGAAACCAAACUCGAGUCUAACAAGGCUGCUAUUAAAAUACAGUCUUGGUGGAGGGGCCAGUACACACGUUUUUUAAACCCGAAAGCCAAAGAAGUACGAAAUGAAAUUCGGCUGAGGCGAAUGCAAGACCACAUCCUGUUUUUGUCAGAGAGAUUAGACGGAGUGCAACAGCAGUAUGAAGAUGAAAGACUACAGAGGAUGGUACAGGAAGAAACUGUGAAGUUUUUGUGGAAGGAGCUUCAGUCCAUGCAAGAGUGGAAGCGGUCUGUGGAGCAUCAGCUAGCUAGCCUUACUCAAGUAAACCAGAGCCCACUUCUGAGACCGUGUGAAUUUGCUGCACCUGUCUCUUCCAGCACUAAAAACCCUCCCAGCAUAGAUGUGUCCUUCCCCGACUCUGGAUUUCAGACAACAAGUAGUGGACAACAGGCUGCUCCAGAGGAUAGCUUCUUGAGCAGCGGCAGUGACUCUCUGAAAACUGUGCGAGCUUUGAGCCCUGGUAUAGUUUGUACAAAUACAGCAGAUGACAGCCCAGACUGUAGCCUCUUGGAGCAGUAUUUGUCUUCAGUUCAGCAGAGAGAAGAAGAGGCAGAGGAAGUGCUCAGUGACAGGUCUGAAACGCUUCAGUCAAAUUCACCUUUUUGUCACAAUAUAAAAGUAACUGAGAAAGACCAACCAGAGGAGCAAAGAACUGCAUGUACAGAAGGGACUCUUAAAUAGGACUUGGUGGGUGAAGUCACAGUCACUCCAAUCAGCUGAUUGCUGACCCAGAUCUCAAAUAACGGUGCACUUAAAAUACCUGUUUAGUGUGGGUAGCAAAAGCCAACUUAAGCUCAGUUUGAAUGUACUAUUUAUUUUUUAUUUACUCUAUACUUGAUUUCACUGUAUGUACUUAUUUAAUGUGUAAGGAAAUAAAACAAUGUAAGGAUUGUUACUGAGCUGAGUGCAUUGUAGUUCACAUAAGCUACAGGUAUAAUUAAUAUUAAAGGUUUAAAUGACAUCC